GCGCUUUUGUUUCCUCUCCGUUAAGUAUCGCCGGUGGCUUGCGCAAUCAAAUUCACAAUGUUUCAUUUCCCACACUACCCUCAUUUUUUUCAGUGAAAUUACUCACUCUACCACUGCGUCUAACCUUUAACUGAGGGGCCUCUCGAUCAUUUCGCAGGCAACGCCACUACAAAGAUUCAUCCUCACACGCCACCGUUUUCACCCACUCCACGCCACCGUCGUGGCUCCACCCCCGCCAAAACCACCCUCCCAAUUCCAUUUCCAUUUUUACCCCUUCCCAGCGCUCCGAAUUCCAAUUCGCCCCAAUCGCAGUUCGGUUCUCGAUCUCCAAGAAACGGAGUCCUAAAAAUAGUUCUUUUAGGGUUUCUCUGUCUCGGUGGUUUUGGGAUUGAAACUUUUGAUCCGUUUAAGAAUGGGGGAUCGAGGUGAAGACGAGGAUUUGCAAAUGGCGAUUCGGAUGAGUAUGCAGCGCGGGACGCCGGAGCCGAAGCGCAGCAAGCCGCGUGACGCUGUCGCCGAUGCGGUUUCGGGGUCGCCGGAGGAGUUGCCGGAGUACAAGACCCGGCGAAGGGAGCUCAUGGCGGCGGCGGCCGAGAAGCGGAUGGCGGCAGCGGCGAGGGUUUCGCCUUCUCCUUCGCCGUCGCCGUCGCCGGUGAAAAAAGGCGGUGAAUCAGGGAGGAGAGAGGAGGAUUCGUGUUUGAAGAGUGUGAAUUUGAGUAAGGAGCUUUCUGUGGAAGAAGCUAAUCAAUUGUUUGGUAUGGUGUUUGGGAAUGAAGUUUCCAAGGGCAUUCUCGCACAGUGGAGCAACCAGGGAAUUCGGUUUAGCUCUGAUCCUGUAACAUCAAUGGGCCUAGUGCAGCAUGAAGGCGGUCCCUGUGGCGUAUUGGCAGCUAUUCAAGCAUUUGUGCUUAAAUACAUUAUUUUCUUCAGUGAUGAGUUGAAAGAUGUGUCAUGCAUGUCACAGAAGGGUCCGGGUGCAGCAUUUAAAAGUCAGUCUGUUCCAUCAUAUAAUUUUUCUUCGCUCACUGAAGGUGAAAAAGUAAGAGCUCUUGUAAAAAGUAUGGGUGAAAUUUUAUUUUCAUGUGGAAGUAAUAGAAGGGCUGUCAUUGCAACUUUGAGCAUUUCCGAGAAUGACAUUCAGCGUUUUGAAGGGAUUUCAAAGGAUGAGGUUGUUUCAAAAUCACUUCAAGGUCUUUCCAUUGAAUCUGCCUUGGAUCUGCAGAAAGUUCUUAGAGUUGAAACAUGCACAUCACAAACAAAUGCAUUGCAAAGGCUUGAAGCAAAUCUUCCCCUAUUCCAAAGUCGAAUGGGAGCAUUGCUUUUCCUAAUCUCUGCUUUACUUUCUCGGGGACUGGACUUGGUUCAAAGUGACAGGGAUGAUCCCAGCCUACCACUGGUUACUGCACCUUUUGGGCAUGCCUCCCAGGAAAUUGUGAACCUACUGCUCUGUGGGGAGGCUGUUCCUAAUGUGUUUGAUGGAAGGAUGGAUUUAGGAGGAGGAAUGUUUGUGAAAGGUAUAUCCGGAUAUGUGGAAGUUGGAUUUCUGACUCUAUUAGAAUCCCUGAAUUUUUGCAAGGUUGGUCAGUUUCUGAAAUCCCCAAAGUGGCCUAUAUGGGUUGUGGGGAGUGAAUCCCAUUACACGGUGCUGUUUGCUCUUGACCCCAGCGUUCAAAAUGAGAAUGAACUGGAAGGAAAGGAAACUCUGAUUCGCAGAGCUUUUGAUGCACAAGAUCAGAGUGGAGGUGGUGGUUUCAUUAGUGUGGAAGGAUUCCAUCAAGUCCUCAGAGAAACAAAUAUCAAAUUUCCACCAGAGAAGCUGGAACAUCUUUGCUCUUCAGGGUUCAUUGUAUGGAGUGAAUUCUGGCAAGUAAUUUUGGAUCUAGACAAAAGCUUGGGAGGUUUGAAGGAUUCAUCCGGUUUGAUGGGUAAGAAGGUUUUUGAUCUAUACCAUUUUAAUGGGAUUGCCAAAUCAGACCUGAACGGCAGUCAAGUAAAUUCCCGGGGUGAAACUCCACUGCAAAGACCCCGGCUCACAAAAUUGAGAGUUUCAGUCCCCCCAAGAUGGACGCCUGAGGAAUUUAUGGCAGAUGUGAAAGUUUCAUCUGCUGCUAGUGCAAGUGAGUCUACUGGGAAGGACGACGAAGUAUCUAAACCAGAGCCUUCUCAGCAUGCACCUUUGGUGGACUGCAUAAGGACACGCUGGGCACGUGCUGUCUGCACCUGGUCAGGGGAUCCUCCUAGUAUAGUUUGACAGACAUUAUAUAGAGUCAUUUGUGGUGGUUCUUACAAGUUUCGUACAGGGAAAGCACAAUCGGUUCAGCAAAGAGUAGAUAAAGUUUUUAUGUUUUAAUUUGAUGUGGUACCUCGAGGCACAUGAACAGGGAGGGUUCAGAUCUCCAAAUUUUCUCCAAUAUGUGCAUAAUAGCCGUUAUAUAUAGUGUGGAUUAGUGUAUAUUCAACGUUCUCUUCGAUUUUGUCAUGCUAUUCUAAAGGUACAAAAAAGAGGGAUGCGAUAUUCAUUGUCAAAGCCUAAGUGUAACAUCCAUUUUAAAUGUAUUGCCACCGGAAGAGUUAUAUACAGUUCGUGGGGGGUUAUUAGUAAUAAACGUGAAACCGGGUCUUGUUUCUGAAAUUGCUGUAAUAGUAAAGCAUCAUGCUUGGCUUCUGGAAUAUGGGAAAAUGAACAGUCAUAUAAUAAUAUUAUCGCACCUAGAUGUGUAGGUUGUGUUUGAUUUAUAUA